AUGGCUACGCCUAGCGUUCUCGUCUUUGAUGCUGAGGGUAGGGAUGUUGACUUUCAGGUGUGGGUCGAUGAUCUACAACUUUUCCUACAGUGCGAUAGGAAAGACGGUCUCUCACUGUUCGAUCUCACGUCGGGCGCCUCUGCUGCCCCUGCUGCCGAUGCUGACAGCACUGUUCGCUCACAGUGGGCCACACGCGAGGCUGCUGCCCGUCUUGCUGUGCGUAGUCACUUACCAUCCUCUGAGCGCGCGCACUUCAGUCAGUACAAGAGUGCUAGGACCUUGGACCACUUCCUCUCUGUUUGCCCCACCACACUCACCGUUGACCUCCUUGAGGAGCGCUUCCUGGCAGCUGAGAAAAGUAUAGUCGCUGUAGGAGCCUCUCGUGGUGACCCUCGUGCCCCCUUCUUUGAGGGGUGCUCCCCCUCCCCCCUUUUGCCCUCUGUUGCCUCUGCUGCUGCCGUCGACUUCGUUGGCACCGAGUCGGUCGGCGCUGCGUCUGCCCCUAGCGGGAGCCGCCGCACCGGCAAGGGCAAGGGGGGCAAGGGCGCUGGAGGGGCUGGCGGGGGCGGUGGAGGUGGCGGCGGAGGCGGCGGAGAGAGUGGGGGUGGCGGUGGGAGUGGUGGCGGGGGUUGGAGCUUCGGUGGCGGCGGUGGAGGCGGAGGCGGCGGCGGCGGUGGCGGUGGGAGCGGAGGAGGAGGUAGUGGCGGCGGUGGCGGAGGUGGCGGCGGCGGAGGUGGAGCUGGUCGGGGUGGCUCUGCGCAGCGGAGCGGCUUCGGUGGUGGUCAGCGUCAGCAGCAGCAGUGCUCUCGUGAGACCCCGCCCCCCCAGCAGCUUCGUGAGAGGUACGCUGCGCGUCAGCGGGGUGGGGAUGCUGGUCCCUGUGUCUACGUCCUGUGUACCGGCGACCGCACUGGUGAGCUGUGCGGUGGCCCGCACACCACCCGGCGCUGCUUUGGCCGCCUGACGAACGCUUGGCGUCUCCAGUUCCCUGACGCCACUGAGAUCCCCCACUUGGGUGAGCUGCUUAGCGUUCUCACCUUUGACGCUGAGGGACGUGCUGUUGACUUUGAGAUCUGGGUAGAUGAUUUACAGCUUUUCCUCCAGUGCGACAGGGCAGACGACCUUUCUCUGUUUGACCUUACCUCUGGCGCCUCCCCUGCCCCUGCUGCUGAUGCUGACGCCACUGUUUGCUCACAGUGGGCCACACGGGAUGCUGCUGCUCGCCUUGCUGUGCGCCGCCACUUGCCGACCGCUGAGCGCGCGCACUUUAGUCAGUACAAGACCUCUAAGACCUUAUACGACGCUGUAGUUGCGCGCUACUCCUCCCCUGCCACUGCUGCCCUUAGCCGCCUCAUCCUGCCAAACCUCUUUCCUGACCUCGCUACCUUUCCUACUGUCGCUGACCUCAUCACGCACCUUUGCACUAGUGACGCUCGUUACCGCGCUGCCCUUCCCGCUGAGUUAUGCGCCAAGAACCCCCACCCUAUGUAUAUCACCCUCUACUACAUAGUUACCUGGCUCCCUGACACACUUCGCCCAGUCAGGGACCACUUCCUCUCUAUCUGCCCCACCACUCUCACCGUUGAGCUCCUUGAGGAGCGCCUCCUAGCAGCAGAGAAGAGCAUAGUCGCUGUAGGAGCCUCUCGUGGUGACCCCCGUACCCCUGUCUUUGAGGGGUGCCCCCCCUCCCCCCUCUUGCCCUCUGUUGCCUCUGCUGCUGUGGCCGACCUAGUUGGUCUUGAGUCGGUCGGCGCGGCGUCUGCCCCUAGCGGGAGACACCGCUCAGACAAGGGCAAGGGGGGCAGGCGCACUGGCGGGGGCGGUGGAGGCGGCGGUGGAGGCGGCGGAGGGAGUGGGGGUGGUGGUGGGGGUGGUGGCGGGGGUGGGAGUGCUAGUGGCGGCGAUGGAGGCGAAGGAGGCGGCGGUGGUGGCGGUGCGAGUGGAGGUGGCGGAGGUGGAGGCGGUGGUGGAAGUAGCAGUGGCGGAGGUGGAGGCGAUGGUGGAAGUAGCGGCGGCGGAGGUGGAGCUGGUCGUGGUGGCGCUACGCAGAGGGUCGGGGCCGGUAGUGGUCAGCGCCAGCAGCAGCAGCAGCAGCGCACUCAUGAGACCCUCUCCCCCCAGCAGCUUCGUGAGUGGUAA